AUGGGAUCAGCCUGUGUCAAAAUCACCAAAUACUUCCUCUUCCUCUUCAACUUGCUCUUCUUUAUCUUGGGAGCAGUGAUCCUGGGCUUCGGGGUGUGGAUCCUGGUCGACAAGAGCAGUUUCAUCUCAGUGCUACAGACCUCAUCCAGCUCGCUCAAGGUGUGGGCUUACGUCUUCAUCAGCGUGGGCACCUUCACCAUGCUCAUGGGCUUCCUGGGCUGUCUCGGGGCUGUCAACGAGGUCCGCUGUCUUCUGGGGCUGUACUUUACCUUCCUCCUCCUGAUCCUCAUCGCCCAGGUGGCUGCUGGGACCUUCUUCUACUUCAAAAUGGGUGAGGUGAAGGAGGAGAUGGGUAACAUCGUCCUCAAGCUCAUCAGGAACUACAGCAACAGCAGCGAGGAGGGCAAUGUACAGCAGACCUGGGACUACGUGCAGGCGCAGGUGGAGUGCUGCGGCUGGGCCAGCUUCCUCAACUGGACGGAGAAUGAGGAGCUCAUGAACCACACCAGCAUCACCUACCCCUGUUCCUGUUACAACAAGCACAACAGCACAGACCUACCCAUGCAGACAGGCUUCUGUGAGGUGUCCGACAACAGCCAGAGUGGCAACAACCCUGAGGAGUGGCCCGUGUACAGGAAGGGCUGCAUGGAGCGGGUGCAGACAUGGCUGCAGGAGAACUUGGGCAUCAUCCUGGGCGUGUGUGGAGGCGUCGCUGUCAUUGAGCUCCUGGGCAUGAUCCUGUCCAUCUCUCUGUGCCGGCACAUCCACUCCGAAGACUACAGCAAGGUCCCCAAGUACUGA